AUGCAAAUGUCUUGUAGUUCUUCUUCUGACCAUUUAUUACUAUUACCAUCUUCUCAUCGCAAUUCAUAUAAAUAUUUUCCUCAUUAUUUUAAACGACGACGUACGAGACAAUAUAAAAUAGCUUUUCAUUUCACCAUACCAUUUUUUACUAUAUUUUCAACAUUAUUCUUUAUUAUAUUGAAUAUCCAUGUUGUGUUAUCACUUACCAAUGAUCCUCUAUUAUCAACAGCAAAAACAGACCGUAAUGAUGGUGUACAUAAAUCAAUGAUAAAUUCUAAAAAUGAUACGUCAACAACAACAUCAAAUCGUACAAAAACAAAACGUUUAACUCAUGAAAAACGCUUGAUAAGAGAUUUAUUAGAUAAUUAUCCAACUAUUUAUGCUCGUCCCAUACUAAAUGUAUCGGAUGCGGUUAAAAUUCAAUUUGAAUUAACCCUCGCACAAUUACUUGAUCUCGGAAGUAAUACUCAAACAUUACAGACAAAUACGUGGAAAACAUACAUGUGGAAUGAUAUUAAUCUUGUUUGGAAUGAAACUGAAUAUGGGGGAUUACAAACCGUGAGAAUACCAGCAGAUUUAAUAUGGACACCGGAUGUGGUCUUGUAUAAUUAUGCUGAUGAGAGAUUAAAAGAAAGACGUGAUAUACAAGCGGUCAUUCAGCAUACUGGCGAUGUGUUGUAUGUACCAGCAACAAUAUCAUUUAGUGUUUGCUUUUUGGAUAUAACAAACUUUCCCUAUGAUACGCAUGAGUGUAGUUUAGGUUUUCGUUCAUGGACAUAUGAUCAAUCAAAAAUCAUACUAGAUUUUAAAGAAUAUGUUGAAGCUAUCGACAUGAGCACGUAUAUAAUAUCAAAUGAAUGGAGAGUCGUGCCUAAAAUAGCAACAAAAUCGCCAUUAAAUGAAACAUAUUCAAUGCUCACUUUUACAUUGAUGAUACAACGAAAAGGUGGUCUAUACGGUUACAUACUGAUAUUACCUUGUCUACUGUUAUCAGCAGCUACAAUGGUCGUCUUUUGGCUACCACCCGAAUCACCAUCAAAGAUGAUUUUAACAAUAAGUAUAUUCUCUGGUCUAUUUUUACUUUUAUUGCUCUUAGCUGAAUCUAUACCGGGCGGUGGCGGGACACCUAAGAUUGGUUAUUAUUAUUGCAUGAACAUGAUCGUAGUAGCUGUGACGGCUGUUUGUGCAACGACUGUUAUUCACAUAUUUGUUCGUGGUGAUCGCCGUCAAGGUGUUCCACCAACAAUACGAAAAAUAUUUCUUCAUUAUUUAGCUCGUUUAUAUUGCAUGCAACCUAAAGUUCCAUCACAAUCAAAAUCGAGUACAUUAUCGCCAUUACUAUUACCCGAACAAUUGUUAUUAACAUCUCAUUAUCAUGAAGAAGAAUUUAGUAAAAAAUUAAAUUUAUUAAAACAACGUUUUCAAGAAUAUCAGAAGCAUAAAAGUUUUAAUUCACAUCAAUACCAAAACAAUAAUCAACAAUCAGUAAGUGAACAUCAAAUAAUGACACAAUUAAGUUUAAAUCUAACAAAUAUUGAGAAUGAUUUAAAAGAAAUACGAGAUUAUUUGAGACAUAUGAAAAAGAAAAUUGAAGACACUGAAAGAUCGAAUAAAAUAGCCAAUGAUUGGAAGCUUGUAGCACUUGUGCUAGAUCGAACAUUCUUUUUUGCCUAUUGUUUUUGGUUAGCUUUAUCAAUGAUAGUGAUGUUUCCUAAAGCAAAUCAACUUCCAACAGAUCUUGCAUCUCCUGCGCCUCCAGCUAUUGCUCCAGCAGGAUUGGGUAAUGCUACAGGAACUAAUCUAACCCAUAUUCUAAAUUCAACAAAUGACUAUUCCGUUUUCAGUUGA